AUGGGGAGAAUAAACAGGAAAAAAAGUACAAAGAUUGUGACGUUUGCUGUUCUGCUCAGUCUCUUCGCCUAUUUUAUGCUCAAAGAUAAAUGGGAGAUGGAUAAAUCUCGCAAUGAAAUAACCUCAAGAGAUGCUGUUGGCUUGUUUCGCAGAGGUAUGUACUGCCAUAAGACAUUUACCAAUGAAAGUAGAAUUCUCGCGGGCUCACUGGUCGCCAGCUUGCGCAUGCCUAGGAGAGAUAGCGAAGGAAUGAAAGAGAUCGAUUAAUCGUUACCCUUGGCGGAAAAUAUUUCACAAUUAUUCCUCGAGCCGGAAUGGGCUCUGAGUCAAUAGCCCAUGAGGACGAAGGCCUAAUGGGCUAUUGACUCAGAGGCCAUGAGGGCGAGAGGAAUAAUUGUUUUAGUAAAAUCCAACUAUUUGGUCAAAAAUAUGGAGAAUAAAAAAUUUUAGCUAGUCAAAGCUAGACUUUAAUCCUUUUUUGCCGCCAAAAAGCCCGCGCUUUUCGCUACUAGUGGGCUAUAACAUGUAGCCUAGUAGUAGCUCAACCAAUCAGAACGCAGCAUUGAUAAUAAACCACUAGUUGGAUUUUACUAAUAACCGUUAACCGUAAAGUAAAUCAGAGCCCUUUCUGUGGCCGCCCCAGCAAGCUGUGGGACACUUCACCAAAAUACUUACCUUCUUGAAAAAUUUUCUUGUCCAUACUUAUUUAUUCUUGUUUCGUUGGCUCUAUUCAUAUUUCUAAUAUACAGUUGUUGAUUCCUAAACAAUAUUCGUCAGCGCCAUUGAACUGAUGGAAUUUGCCGCCAGAUAAAGUUUCCCUGAAUCAUCGUCAUGAGCUAUUUUUUGGGAAGGCAACAGAAACUAAGCUUGUUCUCUGUAAAUGUAAUUUAUCCCAAACCGCCAAAAGCCUUGUUUUCGCUCUAUUUCUUACAGAAUCAGAAUCUUGGAUCCAGGAACAAUUCACCAACUCAGCAAGCAUCUUUCCAACGAUGAAAGCUUUGGAAGAAGAACUACGACGAAUGAAAGAAAAAGAAGAGAUGUUCGUGGAGAAAUUGAUCAAAGCAAGGAAAAACGAAGAAGAUUUAAAAAACAAUCUGAUACGGUUGUCUCAAGAACUGCGGGCAAAUAAUGCACUUAAAGAUCCGUUAAAACUUACACACAACACACAAGAAAAUUUUGACUUACCUACUAUCUUUGUUGUCACGCCGACAUUCAAACGUUUUGUGCAAAAGGCUGAAUUAACACGACUAUCACAAGCUUUUAAGUCUGUCAAGAACUUACACUGGAUUGUAGUGGAAGAUUCUGGGGAUAAAACAAACUUAGUAGCUAAUUUUCUGCGGAAUUCACGUUUGAAAUAUACGCAUCUAAAUGUAAGGACUCCAGAUACUCUUCGAAGACAUAAAAACGAAAAGCGACGGUCCAAGCCACGUGGGGUGGUACAGAGGAACAUUGGAAUUCAGUGGAUAAGAAACAACAUUGAUCCUCACAGGACCCCUGGUGUGGUAUAUUUUGCGGAUGACGAUAAUACGUAUGAUAGCCGCAUCUUUGAUGAGGUUUGUUGACUGAAUAGGUUAUAUACUCUUCCCCUAUAGAUCGUUUUCACUGUCACGCAACAAAAAAAUAAAUUGGAAACCGUCCAGUGGAAGAAACCAAGAAAAUGAAAUGUAAUAAAAGACUAACAUAUAAACAAUUUGUCUAAGUCCCAGGUCUUUGUGGCCCAUAGUUUCUGAGUUAUUUGGCGAAACGCACUGUGAAAACUCGGAAGUUCAAAUGCUGUAUUUUGGAAAUCAAACAUGCUACGGAAAUGGAAACUUGUACAAAGAUUUCCUUUUUGUUUAUCUUCAACCUAGUGUAAAUAACAAUUCGUAAAACCUCGCUAUUUUGACUUUACAAUUUGAUGACGUCACAGUGAAAACCAUCUAUAUGAUCGUACUUGUUACUAGUCCAGACUCGCACUCAGUCGCCACUUAUUUGUCCUGGAAAAGGAAUACGCAAAGGAAACUUAAAGCGCGCAAAAAUGCUUGGGAAGGAGGGAGAAAAAGUGUCGUCAGUUUUACUCCCUUCCUUCCUUCCCUUGAUACACCGCGAAUUCAUCAUGCCAUUAAUCACAUGUAGGGCUAAUAUAGAGAAGCUGAUUGGGUACGAGUCAGUUACUAGUCCAGAUUUAUUACCUACAUACCGAUUUACCCAUAGAGUUACAGGAGACUGGUGGGACUAAGGCUAUUAAACAUGCACACGGAACAUCCUGCAUGAAAUUGCUACUUACCCGGAGUGCAUUGCGUGCCACGCAGGGGAAAAUUUGAGGUCGCUCAAGGAAAUCUCUUCCACCUCGCUUAACUUCCACGAGAAACGUCCAUAAUGUCUCUCUUUAUUUAAUACAAAUAUAAUUCGGAAUCGUUACAGUGUCAAAGCAAAAGACUCCACUUUCACAGCUUUUUUCCAAAAAACAAUAAGACGUUUGAACAAGAAGUCCAAAGACUACUGCAAAGCUGAUUUAAAACGACGUAUAUUGUUUUUUAUAACAAUAUUUUGGCUGGCCAUACCAGCCUUCUUCAGGUUUACAGUAUACGUUGUUGUAAAUUAGCUUUGCAAUAGUCUUUGGACUUCUUGUUCUUGGUUCUUUAUAUUUUGGCUGAUUAGAUAUCUUUUCUAGAGAUCCAACGUUUACAACUAGCAGGAUCUUCGUCCACGGUUUUUGCAGCUAAUUUAAUCCUUUAAUAAUAAGAAGUUUACCUGUCUGAUCUUUUUUAUGCCUUUUGUAACAAGGUAAAUGACCGCUCAAUCAGGAAGAUGAAGGAUGAUUGAAAGUUUAUUGUUGCUCCUGUUUUGUUUUAUUUCCAGCGUUCACAUAACGUUUUUUUUAUUCUUAGAUGCGCUGGAUUCAAGGUGUUGGUGUUUGGCCUGUAGCCUUUACUGGAGCUGUCCGUUGGGCAGGUCCCGUAUGUAAAGAUGGUCAGGUCAUUGGUUUCCACGCGAAGUGGGGUUUGUUUCGUCCAUUCCCUAUCGACAUGGCGGCUUUUGCAAUAAAUAUCAAGAAGCUUUUAAUAGAUUUCCCUAAAGCUGAGUUUCUCUCUCCUGACAAGGCGGGAAUGUUGGAGUCUUCUUUGUUGACUCAAAUAACAACAAUCGAUGAACUGGAACCUGUAACGCCAAAUUGUAGCAAGGUAAAUAAUAGUUAAUAAAUAAUAAUAAUAAUAAUAAAUAAAUUAGUGAACCAAGUUGAUACACUAAAAUAAUUUAUAAUGGUAAUAGGACCGAGUGGAGUCCAAUUCAGUUUGUAAUCGCACGAGUGAUUGACAAAAUCGGACGACCGCGUACCCUGGGUACCAGAGAUUUUUUCUCGCGUGUGACGGGGAGCUUCGUCGGCCGCAGGCCGACAUGUCUUCGGCCUUCGGAAACCGCGCGUGAAAAGUCUCUGGCACCCAGGGUAACGAUUGCGUAGCGGGAGUCCUAUUUGUUACAGACCGAAUUGGAUGACGCGCAGUCCUGUAACCAAUAUCUACCUUAACUGUUGCAAGUCCGUGAAAAAAAGCAUUUUUUUGUGAAAGAUCUUUAAUACCAAUUAAUAUCCAAACUUAGGGAAAAUAUCACUGGCAGGGACACUGUCUAUGUUACAAAUUCGUCCAUUUUAGAAAACCCCAGGGCACAGUUGCUCGAAGCAUGGUUAGCGUUAACCAGCGUUUAAUACCUUGACAACGUAUUGGUUUUGAUACUGCUUAACCAAUUGUUAAAGCUAACCAUGCUUUGAGUAACUCAGCCCAGUCUGAUAGGGCAGGUGGUUGUUGCUAUGGUUAUUGUGAUAAAGUCUGUGAUUGGUGGAUCAUGAUUGGCUGUUGUAACUACCCGAUUACAACCCUACACAAUAAUUAGUAAAAAAUAAAGCAGUUAAUGCACAAAUCAAAUUUGUGGAAAUUGUAAUGUUGUUAUUAACUGAGCAAUACGCUCUCCUAUUUUCACCUAUUUUCCUUUAUUCUUGAGGAAGUUGAAGUCUAAGUUAAAUAAUACUGAAUGUGUUUCAUUCCUUGUCAGGUCUAUGUUUGGCACACCAGGACAGAGGUACCAAAGGACAGCAUUAUAGGAGAGAGAAGAAUGAUAAAGCAAGGCACACCAUCGGAUAAUAAUAUAGAAACCUAG